AUGGCUGUGAACUCUUCACUUACAGGAGAGGAAAAGCAAAUGGAAAAGCAAAUGGACCUGCCAUUCACUAGUGGUGACACAGAAAAUGAGCCUGAGAAGAAUGAAGCAGACCAGAAUGAAGUGACAUCCGAAAUCAGUGAAUCUCCAGAGUCUGUGUCCCUCGGUGACGCCUCAGCAGAGAAGGCCACAGAAGGCUCUGACACUGACCUAGAGGUUGAAGAUCCUCAGAAAGCCUCUGUGGGCACUACAGGCACACAGCUGUACUUGGAAGCAUGCAAGCUGAUGGAGGUGGUGCCUGUCUCGUACUUUAUUCAGAACAUGGCCAAGUCUUAUAUAAACCUGAAUCACUAUGGUCUAGGACCCAAAGGUGUCAAAGCCAUUGCUAUUGCUCUCAUGUCCAAUAAAACUGUCACCCAUCUAGAGUUGGAAGACAACUACAUGCUGGCAGAAGGAGCCAUAUGCAUAGCAGAGAUGCUACAAGAGAAUUCCACCCUUCAAGAACUGAACAUCUCAAAUAACCACCUAGACACAGCAGGAGCUAAAGCCAUUGCCAAUUUGCUUUUGGACAACGUGUCCUUUCUUCACACUAUUCUGCUCUCAGGAAACAACUUUGGAGAGGAGAGUGCACUGUACUUUUCUGAGGCAUUAAUGAGAAAUUUCCAAGUGAAGGAGCUGGACCUCAGCCACAAUGAGUUCUCUGAGAAGGGAGGACAGCUUCUGGGACAGAUGCUUGGCAGCAACUCAAAACUGGAGAUUCUGGAUCUGAGCUGGAAUUACCUGGGAAGGAAGGGGGCAGUAGCACUGGGAAAAGGUCUGAGGGGCAAUGAUGCACUGAAAAUACUCAACCUCUCUUGGAAUGGCAUUGGCAAUGAGGGAGCAAAAGCCCUAGCAGAUGUUCUCAAAGUCAAUGACGUGCUGGUUCACCUGGACAUCAGCAACAACCAGAUCAACAAUGAGGGAGCCAAGAAGCUCUGCAAGGGCCUUGAAGCCAAUGAAAAACUCAGAAUCCUGAAGAUGGAUGGUAAUACCCUGACCGUGGAAGGUGCUACUGCGCUAGUCUUAUCUAUCAAAAAGAACUCCAAAUCCAUGAUGGAGGAGAUCAACAUUUCAAAUGUGUUGGUGAACACAACUUUCAUCAAAUUGCUGGAUUUGAUGUAUCAAAUACGUCCUGAACUAAAUGUCAUCUAUGGAGAGGUCGAAGGCUGUAUCUUCACGAAGCCUGAGCAGCAUCCCAAUCCCAUGAAAAUUAUACAGAACUACUUGAAAGAACACAACCUACGACUUUGGGACUUUUUUAGGAAGAUUGACGAGGAAGGAAACAUGAAGAUCCCUGUGUCUGCCUUCCGGAGAUCCAUGAUGCAGCAUCCAACCAUCCCAAUGGACCGCAUUCAAAUUGGGGAACUAGUGCACAAGCUAGACCGGAAUCGGACAGGGGUUGUGGACUACAGUCACCUCAAAGAGCAGAACCCUGUGGAAGUGGAAUAG